UCCGUCCGGUUUAAGCAACAAACGGAGCACCAAAUCCCACGUCUUCCCUUCCCCCACCCCAGUGCCCGCGCGCGCCUCAUCCUCUCUCUCCAGACAUCAUCAUCGUCCACCCAUGUCACUGCACCACUGCUGCCCCGGGGCGACGCCUGCCGUGAGUAGCAUGGCCACCGCCGCCGCCGGCGGCGGCAGCGGCAGCGGCAUCUCAUCCACCGUCCAGCCAUUCGGAUUGCGCGGCUCCGGCCAGGGCCGGCUCCGCCUCGCCUCUCGCCGCAGCCGCAGCCUGCUCCUCCGCUGCUCGGCGUCUGGCGGUGGUGACGGCGGCGGCAGGCCGGACCCGGUCCUCGAGGAGCAGAGGCGGCGCCGCGCGGAGCUCACCGCCCGCAUUUCCUCCGGCGAGUUCACCGCGCAAGGCCCCGCAUGGGUUGCUCCCCUCGCGGCGAGGCUGGGCAAGCUCGGCCCGCCGGGGGAGCUGGCCGCCGCGCUGCUCACCAAGGCCGCGGGCGGUGGCGCCGGCGCGCGGAAGGGGCCGGAGCUGCCGCAGGCGGUUGGGUCGCUGGCGGCCGUCACUGGGGAGGCCUUCUUCCUGCCGCUCUACGACCUCUUCCUCACCUACGGCGGCGUCUUUCGCCUCAACUUUGGGCCCAAGUCUUUUCUUAUUGUCUCUGAUCCGGUUAUAGCCAAGCAUAUUCUCAGGGACAACUCCAAAGCUUAUUCCAAGGGUAUUCUUGCAGAAAUAUUGGAGUUUGUGAUGGGCACAGGUUUGAUCCCAGCUGAUGGGGAGGUUUGGCGGGUCCGGCGCCGUGCCAUUGUGCCCGCAUUGCAUCAGAAGUACGUGACAGCGAUGAUAGGUCUCUUUGGUAAAGCUUCAGACCGGCUCUGCCAGAAGUUGGACAAGGCGGCAUCAGAUGGGGAAGACGUGGAGAUGGAAUCUUUGUUUUCUCGACUAACGUUGGAUGUCAUUGGGAAGGCAGUGUUCAAUUAUGAUUUCGAUUCAUUAUCUUAUGAUAAUGGAAUAGUUGAGGCUGUGUAUGUAACACUAAGAGAAGCUGAAAUGCGGAGCACUUCUCCUAUACCAACUUGGGAAAUACCCAUAUGGAAAGACAUCUCUCCGCGUCAGAGGAAAGUCAAUGAAGCUCUUUCACUGAUUAACACUAUUCUCGACGAACUAAUUGAUACAUGCAAGAGGUUGGUAGAUGAAGAAGAUCUACAGUUUCAUGAGGAAUACAUGAAUGAACAAGAUCCUAGUAUUCUCCACUUCCUGCUGGCAUCCGGAGAUGAUGUGUCCAGCAAGCAGCUCCGUGAUGAUCUGAUGACAAUGCUUAUAGCUGGCCAUGAGACCUCUGCAGCAGUCUUGACAUGGACGUUUUAUCUUCUAUCUAAGUAUCCGAAAGUAAUGGCGAAGCUCCAAGAUGAGGCUGAUACUGUUCUAGGAGACGGUUUACCAACCAUUGAGGAUGUGAAGAAACUGAAGUACACCACUCGAGUUAUUAAUGAAUCUUUGAGGCUGUACCCACAGCCGCCAGUUUUGAUUCGUCGAUCUCUUGAGGAUGAUAUGCUGGGGGAGUACCCAAUCGGCAGAGGAGAAGACAUUUUUAUAUCCAUCUGGAACCUUCAUCGCUGCCCAAAGCAUUGGGAUGAUGCAGAUGUUUUUAAUCCAGAAAGGUGGCCUUUGGACGGACCAAAUCCAAAUGAGACAAACCAAAAAUUCAGUUACUUGCCAUUUGGUGGUGGACCAAGGAAAUGUGUAGGCGACAUGUUUGCCACUUUCGAGACUGUGGUGGCAACGGCAAUGCUUGUCAAGCGGUUUGAUUUCCAGAUGGCUCCAGGAGCACCUCCGGUUGAGAUGACAACUGGAGCAACGAUUCACACAACUAAGGGAUUGAACAUGACUGUUACUCGGAGGACAAAGCCACCUGUAAUUCCAAACUUACAGAUGAGAAUCAUUUCUGAUUCAGAAGAACGCACAUGCUCAACUGCAUCAAUGGUUGUUUCUACUGGAGAAGAUCAACAAGGGGAGGUCUCGACAACUCGAGUGUGAUUUAUCAUUUUUGACAGCGUCAAAUGCAAUGGCAUACACAAUGGACACCAGACAGUACAACGCAGAGCAGAAGUUUCCCGGCAUGUUUCUUUUACAAGCAAAAACUCUCCUACAUCCAGGCUUAUUUUGGUUCAUGCUACAACAUUACAGAUUACAGAUCUGCCUGCUACUCAAAA